AUGGACAACAACGGGCACGAGUUUGAGUUGCGCGAGCAGGAUCGGUGGCUUCCCAUCGCCAACGUCGCUCGUUUGAUGAAAAACACGUUACCACAAACAGCGAAAGUAUCGAAGGAUGCCAAAGAAUGUAUGCAAGAGUGCGUUUCGGAGUUUAUUCUGUUCAUCACGCUGGAGGCUUCUGAUAAGUGUUUGCGAGAAAAGCGAAAGACAAUCAAUGGUGAAGAUAUACUUUAUUCGAUGCAUGACUUGGGUUUUGAAAACUAUGCCGAAGUGUUGAAGAUUUAUCUUGCUAAGUAUAGGGAGCAGCAGGCUCUCAGACAAGAACGUGGUGAAACUAGGACUCUGAAACGAGCUCAACGACAACAGCAGCAACAGCGGCAACAGGAGCAACAUCUGCAACAACAGCAGCAACAGCAACAAUCACUGCUGGCAGCUUCAGCUGCUGUUGCACUGCUUCUGGAGUCUCAGGUUCCCCUGUUGCUGCAUUCUCCUCAACUGGAAGCCCAGGGUUUCGAAGGAUCCUUAACUGGAUUUGAGGGUGAUGAUUUUGACGAUGGUAAUGCUUCACAUGCACUCCAUCACGUUCAACUGAAUGAACCGCCUCUGGGUCUGACGGGGUCUAUUGCACUGCCGGAGCCUUUUUUUCAAGAGUAUUCACAAACUCAAAAGGAUUAUCCUAUCGAUGAGUUUUUGGCAGGCAAUGAACGCCCCAUAGGAGAAGACGAGAUUGAAACAUUAACUGCAGGUAUCGCCAAUGGCAGUAAUCCGCUGGAAUAUUUCUAA